GAGCUUUCUCUUUCCUCUUCCGCUCAUCGUCGACUGCGGCGCUCUCGUUACAAUGCAGUUCAAUGCCUUGCGCGGCGUGCUCGCCGUGUUCGCUCUCGGCGCAUUCACGUUUGUGUCUGUCGCAACUCCAGUCGCUGCGGCAGUGCCUUCGCUCCGCUCCGCAAAGGCAAUUUUCGAAGAUGUGAAGGUCUUCAAGAAUCUGGUAUACAACAAACCGGAGAAGGAUGUCAACGAAGCGUCUGACCGAUCAGCUAACGUCGGGGAGCUUGUGCAAGAAAAGGUUGAUGUCGCAUUCGUCGAUGACACAGACGACGAAUAUGUCGACCUCACCGACAAGUUAUUCAAUCUGGCAUUCCCGAUGAGUUUCUGGGAAGAUCUCAUGAAGCUGGGCGGACGCGCGAAGCAAUAUUCCGAGUACCUGAUGAGCACAGUGAAGGCCGAAAAUGACGCUGCCGUCGGGUACAAGCUGCACCGCAUGCGAUCGGCCGUGGGGCAGCUCGUUCUUGACGCUGGCGCAUUGAGGCGCGACGUAGAGGCGUCUGCUUACAGAGUACAUGGGGAGAGUAUGGAAGAUAUCGGAAAGAAACUGGACUCGCUUAUGGCGGAGCUCUUCGAGCAAUUGAAGGUCAUGUUCCCGCCGCCUGACCAUGCGCCUGGCCAUCUGGAAAGAAAGGAGAAAGUCGACGCAGCGCUGGGCAAGCUCGAAGAAGCCCUCAUUCACUUUGGCGUCCAGUGCGGUGUCUCGGAGGAGAGUAUGCGUGCGCAUACAGCCAACAUCAUCCGGACCAUCGAAGUUAUUGCCAUAACCACUGGCGACCUCAUGGAGCAACACCCGCAUCUUACUGACACGGUCGUGGCCAUCGUCGUCUUCAUGAUUGUCCCGGAGGAGUUGAUUCUCCGGCCCAUUCUGAGCGUCCUAGGCUUCGGACCCUCAGGACCGAUCAAAGGGUCUGCCGCUGCUUGGGCGCAGCGUGUGUUCUUCGGAGCAGAGGUCAAGGCGGGAAGCUGGUUCGCGCACCUGCAGGAGUGCGGUGUCUCGGAGGAGAGUAUGCGUGCGCAUACAGCCAACAUCAUCCGGACCAUCGAAGAUAUUGCCAUAACCACUGGCGACCUCAUGGAGCAACACCCGCAUCUUACUGACACGGUCGUGGCCAUCGUCGUCUUCAUGAUUGUCCCGGAGGAGUUGAUUCUCCGGCCCAUUCUGAGCGUCCUAGGCUUCGGACCCUCAGGACCGAUCAAAGGGUCUGCCGCUGCUUGGGCACAGCGAGUGUUCUUCGGAGCGGAGGUCAAGGCGGGAAGCUGGUUCGCGCACCUGCAGGAGGCUGGCAUGGUAUCCAAGAUACCGGAAAGCGUCAAGAAAGGACUUUGGGCUGGCAUUAUUGGCGUCAUCGGUGGAGCCAAUGCCAUCGGGCAUUCGUUCUUUGACAUCUGAAUAUACGUUCCCCUUGGUCACCUGUUAUGUAGAGGCUGUCUGGCUUGAGCUAGCUUGCUACGCGUAUGUUAUAGCAAUCCGUGUAAAUGAACUCAUAAAGUCUUCUCUU